CGUGUUCGCCAGACCGAACGACCGAGUGAGAGAGCGCUUCUCUGCAACUGCGAAAAUGGAAGCUACCGCCUCCAUUCUUACUUCUUCCGCUGCUUCCUGCUCACCGUCUCCUUCUUCUUCUUCCUAUCCCAUUUGUUCAAUCCCUCACCUCAGAAUCGGUAGUUCCCGGUCAUCAAUUUCCCUCCGCAAAUCACACCUCUUCAGCCCGCUCUCGCUGCUGCUUCCCGUCCCCUCCGCGUCUUCCUCUUCUCUCCGGGCGUCCUCCGUCCAGGUAGUUCAAACUCCCGCCACCACCGACGCUUCGCCCGACGCCAUGGAUGUCGCGAUGCCCAAGAUUGACAAGAGUGGGAGGUUUUGCAGCCCACGAGCUGCUCGGGAGCUCGCUCUAUUGAUCGUUUAUGCUUCGUGUUUAGAAGGGUCUGACCCAAUUCGACUGUUUGAGAAGCGGAUGAAUGCAAGAAGAGAGCCUGGGUAUGAGUUUGAUAAGUCGUCUCUGUUGGAGUAUAACCACAUGAAUUUCGGAGGACCACCUGUUACAACGGAGACCAUUGAAGAAGCUGAUGAGCUGCUGUGCAGAAAUGACCAUGAAUCGGCCAUUGAAGCUGAAGUCCUUUCAGCGCCUCCGAAGCUGGUAUACAGCAAACUGAUUUUACGUCUAACAAGGAAGCUUUUGGUAGCUGUUGUGGACAAGUGGGAUAGUCAUGUCCGAAUUAUAGACGAAAUAGCUCCUGCGAACUGGAAGAAUGAACCAGCAAGCAAAAUUUUGGAGCUCAGCAUCCUCCAUCUAGCAAUGUCUGAGAUUAUAGUCAUCGGGACAGCACACCAGAUUGUCAUCAACGAGGCUGUAGAUCUCGCUAAAAGGUUCUGCGAUGGCGCAGCCCCACGGAUAAUCAACGGAUGCUUGAGGACAUUCAUGAAGGGUCUUUUUGAAACUGAGUUAGCUCAGGAUGCUUCCUCCGCCAAGCAGGAAGUCGUACAACUCGACCGCAAUCUGCUUGGACAAAAGAACGUAUAAACAACGAGUCACGACUACAAUGUCACAGGAGAAGAAACAACCUAUGGAGAGGCCUGCUAGCUCCCGGAACCCAUUCCAUCAGAGCUGUAGAAGAAGCAUCAAGUGGUGGGUAUCAAGAGUAUAGAAUAUGAUGCGUUGUUGUUGUUGUUGUUAUUGUUGUUAGAUAGUGGAUUUUAGCAGCAAACGAACGAAGACAUCGUUCGAUGUAUUUUUGUUGGCAAAUGCAAUGGAUGAUAGACUAGACUAGUUGGUGGUACUUUACUGAAUGAGCGAGCCAGCUCUUCGUCUGCCAUCUUGAUUUUACCAUGGAUGUUGCAAAACAAGCAGCAAAAGAGAGCUGUCCAUUGGGCCAAGAACAACAGCAGUCCCAAAAAAGUUUUUUGGGAUGUUGCUAGGGAUGGCAAUUUCGACCUGACCGGUUUUACCCGAUCUGUUUGGCUAGUUUUGGGGCGGGUCUGACCCGUUCCGUAGGCGGGAUGGGGCGGGUCCGACCCGUUUCGUAGGCGGGACGGGGCGGGCUUCAGUACUCUUAUCGACCCGACCUGCCCUGACCCGCCUCAUUCUCGGCCCGUUCUUGCCUAAAUUACAUGUAAUCUUAGUCAAAUUAUUUAGGAUUUUUCUAUUAUUACAUCAUAAUUUAGCUAUAAUAAAAUUGUAAAUUAGUG